UCAGAUAUGACGUUAACGAAAUAUAUUCAAUAACUUUUAGAAUACAGCCCAACUUUUCAUAGCUUUUCAUAAUGUGGAAAUUGAUUAUAGUAGUCGCUUUUGUCACCUUUUUGGCUGUUGGUGGGUGGUGUGAAAAUUUUUCGUUUAUCAAGUAUCAUGCGAUCGAAAAGCGUCAAACUCAAUUUGAAUUCAUUAUCCUGCAUACCAAUGACAUGCACGCCAGAUUCGAGCAGACGAGCUUUAGGAGCGGCACCUGUUCCAAGGAAGAUGCCAAAAAGAAUAAGUGCUGUGGGGGAUUCGCCAGAGUGGCUUACCAAGUUCGAAAGCAUCGGAAAGAAGCUGAGAGUGGCGGCUUACCUGUGAUAUUUUUAAAUGGUGGAGAUACCUAUACUGGAACGGCCUAUUUUACCCUUUUCAAGCACGAGAUUGUCACGGCUUUUAUGAACAAACUGGCUCCAGAGGCUGCUUCCCUGGGUAACCAUGAGUUCGAUAAAAACGUUGUUGGGUUAGUGCCGUAUUUGAACGGGGCCUCCUUUCCCAUUUUGUCCUGCAACCUUGAUCCAAAAGGAGAACCCGACCUCGCAUCGUCCAAGCUUAAAAAAUCCACAAUCCUAACCGUAAAGGAUGUAAAGGUGGGAGUCAUAGGCUUCAUUACUCCUGAUACCGGAUUCUUGGCCUCCAGAAAUAAACUGGUUUUCAACGAUGAGAUUUCUUCCAUUAAUGCGGAAGCUAAGAAACUUACGGCUCAGGGUGUCAAAAUUAUUAUUGCUUUGGGUCAUUCUGGCUACAAAAAGGAUCAGGAAAUUGCCAGACGUUGCCCCGACGUGGAUGUGGUUGUUGGUGGUCAUACGCACUCUUAUCUGGAUGCCAAUAAGCCGGUGGCGGAUGAGAGCGAUAGUAACCCGGAAGCGGUCCGGGGUCCCUACCCCACCGUUGUGGUCCGGAAUAAUGGACAAAGGGUGCCAGUGGUGCAGGCUUAUGCUUUUACCAAAUACAUUGGCAAACUGAAAGUGAAGUUUGAUUCCAAUGGCAAUCUCAAGUCCUUCAGUGGCGCUCCGAUAUUGCUGGGACCCGAUAUCCCUCAGGAAAAAGAUAUGCUUGAGUUACUUCAGCAGUAUCGCCCCAAGAUCGAGGAGUUGGAAAGGACCAUAUAUGGAAAAACCAAUGUAUUCCUCGAGGGGGAACGCAUUUGCCGAAGACGAGAAUGCAAUCUGGGGAAUUUGAUGUCUGAUGCCAUGGUGAAUGCUCGAUUGCGGGAAAAUAAAGGAAAACACUGGACAGACUCACCUAUUGCCUUGAUUCAAGGAGGAGGAAUAAGAGCUUCAAUUGAAAAGGUAGCAGACAAAACCAUAAAUGGCGCCACAUUGUGGAUGGUUCUCCCAUUUGAAAACGAGCUGCUGAUGACCAGAAUCAGUGGAAAGAAACUUUUGGCUGCUUUGGAGCAUUCAGCCCGAACCUGGCUUCGAGACUCGAGUGGAGGGUUUCUUCAAAUGUCUGGAUUAAAAGUAGUUUACGACUUUAACAAACCAGACGGGCAUCGAGUGAUUUCAGCCAGGGCGCGGUGCUCAGCCUGCUCGGUGCCGGUCUACGAAUCCAUUAAAGAGGAUGCCAUGUACCAAGUGAUUGUUAUACAAUACGCUCUGGAAGGAGGCGAUGGAUAUGAUCUAAACGAUGAUGAUAAUCCCCAUAACGAGCGCCUCUCUGUGAAUGACAUUCAGUGCCUCAUAAAUUAUCUAAAGAUGCAACAAAUUGUAUACCCAAAAUUGGAGGGUCGAAUAACGAUUAUGCAAAGUAAUGUCGGAGUUUCCAUGGCAGGAAGCUCUUUUGGCUUGCUUGUACUUAUAUCCUUCCUGCUACUAUACUUGUGCUAACCUUUCUCCUAGAUCCUAGAUUCUAGAUCCUAGACCUAACCUAGAUUUCUUUAAUUAAAAUUCCCAAUAUUCAAUAUUUUAA